AUGUCGAGCGUGAGGCAGACGAGCAGCAGCUCGAACGCGUCAAUGGGGGACGAGAGGAAGAGGAAGAGAAUGAUCUCUAACAGAGAUUCAGCGAGGAGGUCGAGGAUGAGGAAGCAGAAGCUUCUGGAAGAUUUGACGAGCGAUCUGGGGAGGCUCCAGUGUGAGAACAAACUCAUUCUGUGCAGAAUCGACGAGGUCAAGGAAGGGUACACAGCGGUGGCCGCCGAUAACUGCGUGCUGAGGGCUCAGGUGGCGGAACUGGUGGCGAGGCUCGGGUCCUUGGCCGGCGUCCUGAGGGGCGUUGGAUUGAAAUUGGAUAGUCCGGAUGCUUGA